AUGGCGCCUACCAUCACCUCAGCCCUCACCAUCGUUCUCACCACUGUUCCUAUGCUGGGGAAGGACAACUGGGCCAAGUUUGGGAAGGGAUUCAAGGUGUUUUUGCUGGGAGUGGACACACUUUGGGUUAUGGGGAAAGGGCCAAAAGCAGAUGAGUCUGACCAAGUUACCCUGGACAGGAUGCUCCUCCCCUACCUCUACACCAAGAUAGAGGAGCAGUACCAGCCUCUCAUCGAUGAUUUCGAGUCUGCCACUGCUGCCUGGGCUGCCCUCAAGGCCCAUUUCGAGAAAUUGAGCAUGAGCACCAGGAUGGCUGCUAGGGCAGAGCUGCACUCUAUCCCCCAUGAUCCCACCAAGGAAAUGUUGAUAAAAUGGCUGAACCAGGAAUUGAACCUGGGACCUCUGACUUGGAUCGUCCAGUGCUCUAACCACUGA